AGGACUUGCAUGCUGGGUUCCUCCACUCCCAGGACUGGCAUGUGAACUUGAGAGAAGUCACCUGUGAAAGUGCCAGUGUAACCUGGCAUGCAGUAGGGCUGAGCCUGCCCCAAACACCCCAGGAGCUUCUGGUGCAACUUGCCGACUGCUCUGUGCCCUUCCAGCCCACACUAUGCAGCCCCAGUCUGUUCUGCACAGCGGCUACUUCCACCCACUGCUUCGGACCUGGCAGGCGGCCACCACUACCCUCAGUGCUUCCAACUUCAUCUACCCCAUCUUUGUCACGGAUGUUCCCGAUGAUGUACAGCCCAUCGCCAGCCUUCCAGGAGUGGCCAGGUAUGGUGUGAACCGGCUUGAAGAGAUGCUGAGGCCCCUAGUAGAAGAGGGCCUGCGCUGCGUUCUGGUCUUUGGCGUCCCCAGCAGAGUUCCCAAGGAUGAGCGGGGCUCUGCAGCUGAUUCUGAGGAGUCCCCAGCUAUUGAGGCAAUCCGUCUGUUGAGGAAGACUUUCCCUAGCCUCCUAGUGGCCUGUGAUGUCUGCCUGUGCCCCUACACCUCCCACGGUCACUGUGGGCUACUGAGUGAGAAUGGAACACUCCGAGCUGAGGAGAGUCGCCAGCGACUGGCAGAGGUGGCACUGGCCUAUGCCAAGGCAGGAUGUCAGGUAGUGGCCCCGUCGGACAUGAUGGAUGGACGCGUGGAGGCCAUCAAGGAGGCCCUGUUGGCACAUGGACUUGGCAACAGGGUAUCAGUGAUGAGCUAUAGUGCCAAAUUUGCUUCCUGUUUCUAUGGACCUUUCCGGGAUGCAGCUCAGUCAAGCCCAGCGUUUGGAGACCGCCGCUGUUACCAGCUGCCCCCUGGAGCCCGGGGCCUAGCCCUCCGUGCAGUGGACCGAGAUGUACGGGAAGGAGCCGACAUGCUCAUGGUAAAGCCAGGAAUGCCCUACCUGGACAUCGUGCGGGAGGUGAAGGACAAGCACCCUUCACUCCCCCUUGCUGUGUACCAUGUGUCUGGAGAGUUUGCUAUGCUGUGGCAUGGAUCCCGGGCCGGGGCCUUUGAUCUCAAGGCUGCUGUACUGGAGGCCAUGACUGCCUUUCGCAGAGCAGGUGCUGACAUCAUCAUCACUUAUUACACGCCUCAGCUGUUGCAGUGGCUAAAGGAGGAGUGAUGCAAAGAGAGCAGCACCUGAGAACUAGACCUUGAGAAAGCUCCAAGGGCCUUGGAAAAGUGAAAAACCAAAGUAAAUGCUGCUGUUUGAACUGUGCCCUUUUCCCUCUUCCUGCUCACAUGCUGGCAGAGCCU